AUGUGUGUGACGCAGAGUAGGCAAAAGUCGUAUGUAGACAAAAGGAGGAGGUCGCUAGAGUUUAAGGAGGGGGAUCAUGUGUUCCUCAAGGUUAUCCCGACCACGGGUAUUGGGAGUGCGAUCAAAUCCAGAAAGUUGACACCGAAGUUUAUAGGGCCAUAUCAGAUCAACAGGAUAAUCGGACAUGUAGCAUAUGAGAUCACGUUGCCACCACACCUGGCAAACUUGCACAAUGUGUUUCACGUGUCCCAAUUACGGAAAUACAUUGUAGAUCCCACGCAUGUGCUAGAGGCAGAUGAUGUCCAAAUCAGGGAUGAUCUGAUGUUAGACGUGAACCCGAUAAGGAUAGUGGACUCUAAGGUCAAGAAGUUGAGAGGGAAGGAGAUCCGAACGGUAAAGGUUCUUUGGGAUGAAGCAAUGCAGGAAGCAAUGUGGGAGAUAAAGGAUCUCAUGAAGGAAUCAUACCCAUAUUUAUUUCCUGGUAAGUGA